UAAUAUCUAUUGAUAUUUAACACCAUCCUGCUGAUGGUGAGUAAGUAACGCUAGCUAACUAAAAAGCUAACGACAAACCCAGCAGGGCAGCACGCAGCACUGAGAGCAGGGUAAAUCUACAGAAUUCACAGAAUAUGCCCCACUGGAUCUGCUGUAACUCCUGCUUUAAGUCUCCAGGAGCCGACCGACAGCUGGCCGUGACAAACUGUGGUCAUACCGUUUGCAACGUUUGCUUUCAAAAAGGUAAAGAAGGCGAGUGUCUGAUCUGCAAAGCAAAAUGCCAGCUUUUCCCGCUCUCAGACAAGAGCAGCUCAGAGGUCAAGGCUCUCUUCUCAGACAUCAAUACAGUUGCUACCAGAUACCUCUCAGAAAUAAGCAAAGUCUUGCGGUUCCAGGCAAGACACCAGAAAAGGUUACUGACCUACUAUGAGCAGAAGGCAAGACUUAUUUUCAUAACUCUAAUAUCUGAAAUAUGUUGGUUAUAAUGUCCUUUUAAAGAAAUGAGACUUGUCUGAAUAUCCCUUUUACAGAAUGCAAAAAUGAAAGAGACUUUAACCAAAAUGCAACAAGAGAUGCAUCAAAUGUCAAAAAAAAUGACAGAACAGAGUGCUUACAUAUCAAAGUUAGAAGUGGCUCUUCAGCAUCAAAGCAGUUCCAGAUUGGGAUCAAUGUCUAACAGGGAGGUGCAUGCAUCAACUAGUUUUAAACCAGCAAUGUCCUCUGUGGCAAAAAUUCCCUACUCUUCUCCGAUGUCUUGGAAGCAUCAGUCCACCUCAAGCCUGAUUGACAACAUGGACAUUGACAGCAGAGGGAUUUCCUAUAAACCUGAAAUGUCUGGAAGCGUUUCAAGACUUUGUCUUAUCAGCUCUCCAAAAGAUGGCCGGAUAGGUACUCCCAGAGCAGCAAGCCAGAGCACUAUGGGUAUCCACUCAGUACGAAGUGCAACUGUGAGGGAUCUCUCCAGUAGCCUGAAGGAGUCCAUGCUGUCUGCAUCCAGUACCGCGCUUUACCACAAAGAGUCUACAUGGGAGCUGCCAGGAUUCAGACUGGCCACAGCUUACAAGUACCCCUCCACAUCCACUCUGGGACCUCCGUCAUGAGAUAUCAUAACAACUAUCUUUAAAUACCACCAGUGACUAUAGAACAAGCGCUAUAUUUUUGUGUGGCUUCAGCGUGAAGCUGCCCUGGAGUUCUGGUGCUCUAGUUAGCUUGCGUGCAUCUGCAAGAAAAGAUAGAAAAAAUAUGCAUAUGUAUGCCCAUUCUGAACGACUGUAAGCAUUUGUAAUUUACCUCUGCUGAUGCUGCAGUGCUUUGAGAUUAACUAGCGCUUUGGGGUAUGAAAUAAUAGCCCCUCUCUGGUUGUGCUUGUUUCCAUAAAUGUCUCCAUAUUUGCAGUAAUCAAUCACAGACCUAGCUGUGAAUGUUAAUUUUUAUGUGCUGUACCGUGAUUCAAUGUGUGUCAUCUGCACCUGUGAAUCUGCGUCGGCAGUUUGCGAUUUAUUCCCCAAAGUCAUAAAUUCCAUAUCGCUGAAGCCACAUAAACCUGGUUAUAUAUUGACAACAUGGUAUAUGACUUAUUAUUAAAGUGAUUUUGAGACUCUUCUGAGGUUUUUUAUGUUACAUUUCUAGACACAAAUUGCCAAAUAAAAGCAGUUUUGUCCAUCUAAUAAAAGCUGAAUAAAAAACA